AAAGAGGGACGACAUGGAGCGGAGAGGGGAGGGGGCUCUGGGGGGAAAGGAAUGUGUUUGCAGCAGCAGCAGCAGCGGGAAGAGGAGGAGGAGUGUAAGCGAUUAUUGUGUAAUUAAAUAAUAAACCGAAAUCCUUAAGUCUGAUUUGGGGAAGCGAACUUAAAACGGGGUACCAGAGAACUGCGGUCGGUGGACCCCCCCCUCCGCCCCCGCCUUGAACUUCGAGGUUUUGUAUAGAGGAGAAAAGCGAACAAGAGGCGGGGGGAAGAAGAGACUGAUCGUUUUGAAUUUUCAAGAGAUCAUUUUUAUUACAGUGGGCGUUUGGAAAGCAGGCUCUGAACAUUAUCCACAGAGAAAAGGGGUGGAGGGGGAGGGAGUGGAGAGAGAGAGAAGCACAGGCUGCUGCGAGAGGAGACCGGCGAUUGCGCGCUGCUGCGAAGUGUUUUGCAGCCUUGGGGGACGCGCACGCACACUCCCUCGCUGGCGCUCUAGCGCACAAGGCUCUUCCUUGCAAAGUUUCGCCUGCCAUCACACGCCAGGAUUUUCCUGCUCCGCUCCUCCGCUGCAACCUUGAACUUUGGCAACGUGGUUGACAGUACCGUGGUGUAACAACCCGCUAGCAGCUUCUCCAAAGUAAUUGCAAAUCGGGGAGAGAGAGAGAGAGAAAGAGAGAGAGAGAGGGAGGAAAAGCAAAAAGGCAACGCGCGGGAGGAAAAAAGUCCUGUCCCCCCCGCUUAACUCCCUACAUUCCAUUCAACCGCCCCCCCCACCAUUCCGCCUCCCCCUUGCAAUCCACCAGCAGCAACUGCAACUGCAACAAGACUGAGCCGCCGAGAACAAGAGGGUUAAAAGUGUAGAUUGGAUUUCACCCCGGGAAAUCUUCUAGCGCUCGGAGUGAACUUGAAUCUUUGGCUAUUUAAGGAGGACUGGGGUUUAUUGCGAAGUUGUGGCGAUCCGAGGCAGAGCUCGCUCCUGAUUCAUUUCAUCUUUACUUUCGCCUCAGAUGACUGUAAAAUGAAUAGAUGAAAUUGUUGCCCUUUUGAUACUUUUCUCUUCGCAGAAGUGCAUUCUCAGAGCGAAGUCAUGAUGUAUUCUCCCAUCUGUCUCACUCAGGAUGAAUUUCACCCAUUCAUUGAGGCACUUCUUCCACAUGUUCGUGCAAUCGCCUACACUUGGUUCAACCUUCAGGCUCGAAAACGCAAGUACUUUAAAAAACAUGAAAAGCGAAUGUCAAAGGAUGAGGAAAGAGCAGUCAAGGAUGAGCUACUUAGUGAAAAGCCUGAAAUCAAACAGAAGUGGGCAUCCAGGCUUCUCGCCAAGCUGCGCAAAGAUAUCCGCCAAGAGUAUCGGGAGGAUUUUGUGCUCACUGUUACUGGGAAGAAGCACCCAUGCUGUGUAUUGUCCAAUCCUGACCAGAAGGGUAAGAUUAGGAGAAUCGACUGCCUACGACAGGCAGACAAAGUCUGGCGUCUGGAUCUAGUCAUGGUGAUCCUUUUCAAAGGUAUCCCCUUGGAAAGUACGGAUGGAGAACGGCUCAUGAAAUCUCCCCAUUGCACAAAUCCAGCACUUUGCGUCCAGCCACACCACAUAACAGUAUCGGUCAAGGAGCUUGAUUUGUUUCUGGCAUACUAUGUGCAGGAUCAAGAUUCUGGACAAUCGGGAAGUCCAAGCCACAAUGAUCCUGCCAAGAAUCCACCAGUGUAUCUUGAGGAUAGUUUUGUAAAAUCUGGAGUCUUCAAUGUGUCGGAACUGGUGCGGGUGUCUAGAACACCUAUCACCCAAGGAGCUGGAGUGAACUUCCCCAUUGGAGAACUUCCAAGCCAACCAUACUAUCAUGACAUGAACUCGGGUGUAAAUCUACAAAGAUCACUGUCUUCUCCACCAACCAGUAAAAGAUCCAAAACUAUAUCCAUAGAUGAGAAUAUGGAACCAAGCCCAACAGGGGACUUCUAUCCUUCCCCGAAUUCACCAGCUGCUGGGAGUAGGACAUGGCAUGAAAGAGAUCAAGAUAUGUCUUCUCCUACAAUGAAGAAGCCUGAAAAGCCUUUGUUUAGCACUACAUCUCCCCAGGAUUCUUCACCAAGACUGGCCACUUUCCAGCAUCACCAUCCAGGGAUCCCAGGAGUUGCACACAGUGUCAUCUCAACUAGAACUCCACCUCCACCCUCACCAUUGCCAUUUCCACCACAAGCUAUUCUCCCUCCUGCCCCAUCUAGCUACUUCUCUCAUCCAACAAUCCGAUAUCCUCCUCACCUGAAUCCUCAGGAUACUCUGAAGAAUUAUUCUUAUGACCCGUCCAGUCCACAAACCAGCCAGCCUAACAGCAGUGGUCAAGUAGUAGGGAAAGUGCCAGGCCAUUUUACUCCAGUUUUGGCACCCUCUCCCCAUCACAGUGCGGUGCGACCUGUGACCCUGACCAUGACAGACACUAAACCCAUCACUACAUCCACUGAAGCCUACACAGCGUCAGGCACAUCCCAAGCCAAUCGAUAUGUGGGACUAAGUCCAAGAGACCCUUCCUUCCUACACCAGCAACAGCUGAGGAUUUGUGACUGGACCAUGAAUCAAAACGGCAGGCAUUUAUACCCCAGUGCCAAUGAGGAUACAUUGGGAAUUACUUGGCAAAGUCCUGGUACCUGGGCUAGCUUGGUCCCUUUUCAAGUAUCAAACAGGACAUCAAUCCUGCCCACAAAUGUCCAAAAUUAUGGUUUGAACCUAAUUGGAGAGCCUUUCCUUCAAGCAGAAACAAGCAACUGAGGGAGAUCGAAACUGAACAAAAUACUAUACAAGAAAGGAAGACGGGACAAAAAAAAAAAAAAAAAACCUGAAGAAAGAAGAAACAUAGACCAGCAAUUGCAGCACUUACAAUCACUAAUUCCCUUAAGAUUGAAACUGUAAUGUAAAAAAUAAAUAAAUGGGGGGGGGAGGUUGAUAUAUUUCACUGAUGAGUAGAAAGAUGCUCCUCCUACGUAGCCUUUGUUCAAUGAAGUCCACUGGGAAAUAGAUGUUCUGUCUCUGACAAUAUAUUUUAACUGACUUUCUAGAUGCCUUAAUAUUUGCAUGAUAAGCUAGUUUAUUGGUUUAGUAUUCUUGUUGUUUACGCAUGGGAUCACUAUUCCUAGUUAGCUCUCAAAACAAAGGCUAGGAGGCAUCAACAGGGCUGCAGGGAAUGAUGGCCAUGAGCCAGCUUUUCUCAGCACUCUGAUUUCUAAAAGUUUUUGGUGUUUUUUUUUUAAGAAAAAACAACAGCAAUGUAGCCUUUAGUUACCAGUCCAAAUUUAUUUAACUUUGGUCCUUAACCCAGCCUUCUCCUCAUGUGUUACCCAGUUUGGAAUUUUCAGGAAGUCAUUGAAAUAAGCAGGCAUUGUAUAGAUUCAAUGCCUCAGUUAGGUUUAAAAAAGUAUUAUCUUCUCAUAUGACAGUAUAAACAAAAAGAGAAAGACUAAAAAAAUUUCCCCCACUAAGGAAAACACUUAGAGGCAAGUGCAAUUUAAAAAGUAUAUCUAAAGGGGAUCAUUGUUAUAAGUCCUUCAGCCCUUGGACUCUAAAUUGAGGGGAUUUAAAAGAAGAAGAAGAAUUUUUAAAGUAUUUGGAACUAAUUAAUUUCCCCCUCAGUUUUGAAGGGGGGGCAUUAAAAGGCAUUACUUAAAUCAAGACAAAUCAUGUACUUGAGAAGAAGAAAUUAAUUGAAACACAGCACUUAUGUUGAUUUAGCUUCUGCCUCUUUUGAGUUAUUUUAUUUAUUUAAAGUUACUGGUUGAAUCAAGAACCUGUAGAAAAUAUGAAAGGUUCUAUAAAACCUACAUAACAGAGACAGAAAGAGGCAAAUCCAUGUCACAGAGGCAAAGCUUACAGUUUACAAACUGGGAAAUGCCAGACUGUUGUGGGGGCGGGCGGGGUGGGUGAAAUAUAUUUUUUAAAAAAUGCACUCUUUUAAAAAGCCUAAUGACAGGGUGCUGAAACUUGCAUGGUGCUCUCAGAAUUUAGCCUUGUUUGACAGAUUUCUUGUAUUGACAGUAACGUGCAUGGGCGGAUACAUUUUGCCUCUAUGUCUCUAUAAAAAAUUAAUUAAAACUACUCUAUCCAGUAAUCCUAAUUUGCACGAAGUUAUAAUGUCCACAUAACGUGCCUUGCCUUGAAAUCUAAAAAGUGACAUCACUACACUUGUUUUGCUGCAUUUAUUAUCAUUUUAAAUCUUUACCAUUUUUAUGACAAAAUAUUUUGUACUCCAGAUGGGAAAACAACAAAAAAAAGUGACAUCAUGGAUUUUUUAAACAGUUAUAAAUUUAUCUCACAUUUAUAAAGCAUAUCAUGGCUGUGUAUAGUUGCCGCUUAAAAAUUGUAAUCGACCAGCAAUAUUUUCAGUAUUUUGGUGUUUUUUCUAUUAAUCUUUCAUGUUUUUCAUCUUCCAAUUAAUAUUGGGGGGAGGGGGUUCAAAUUUAUACGAAUUAUGCAAUACCAAGUUUUGCCUAUGUAGGUAGUGCUUUUAGCUGUAUUGGUUAUUAUAGGUAAGUACACAGGUUUAAAAGAAAAGAUUAAUGUAUGCUUUUUGUUUGUUUGUUUUAAUUGACCAAAGUGGGUACUGCUAUUUUUGCAGUGUGAUGAGGUCCUUUUGUGUACUGAAAGAUGGACAGGGGAUUUUUUUUUAUACAUACAUAUAUCUAUAUAUUCUGGGGUGGGUGGGGAGGAUUUUUAACACUUGACAGUGUAGCUGUGAAGCAGUGCACCCUUGGCCAGGUGAGGGCUACAAAGCGACACUCUUCUGCCUACUGUGAUAAAAAAUCUCAAAAAGGUGUCCUCUUUUUAACUUUCCACUGGGGUGCAAGCUGAACUCAUUUCUGGUUUAAAAAUAAUAGUGGUAAAAAAUAAUGAUAAUAAUAAUAUAAAAUAAAUGAUACUAAUGAAUUCUGUUGGAGGCAGAUUUGACUUGAGGAAAAUGUUAUUCUCUUUUCCAUGUUGAGACCCACAGAGAGCAAUAAUAGCCUUACAAAUGUUUCAAAGAUAUCUGUAGGCAUAUUUUGAGGUUCCAAAAAAUAAAAUAAAAAUCUAAUGCACACAAUACCAGUACAACUUUUGUUCCCUAAAGGCAGUUUAUCGGGCUACAUUUUGUAUUUGAUACCCAGUACAAAAAAUAUGCAUUUAAAAUGUCACGAGGAAGGGCAUGUACAUGCACAUAUACAUGUUCUCCAUUUCAAAGCUUGUUGCAAAUAUAGAAAACAACCAGCUCGGCCUGUUUGGAAACCUGAGAAGCUUCUUCCUCCAAAUGUCGCUACCUGUAGGGAUGAAGCGCUGGCUCCCCUCUCACCAUUUCUUGCCCUCUUAGGCCCCGUGUCUCCAAUAUACAGGGCCUCCUUGCCACCGGAGCAAGGAGCUCCCCUUUUCUAGUUGCUAGGGAAGACUGGCAGCUUAAUGCCACAUGAAAACCCCUCACCUCCUUCAGCCAGCAUCAGUGAUGAUAAGAUGACCUGUUCUCUCUGGACAAGGAGCUGCUGCUAUUAACACAGAGGAUUUCUCUCUGCAGGGAUUGUAAGAGUGCAAUUAGUGAACCAGUAGUUCCAGUCUAGGCUUCCUUGUCUGUAGGGAUAGUUAUGAGAGGAUUCUAAAGAGGCAGAGCUGGCACCCCCUGUGGCCAGCUGUAAAACUGUAGCCAGUCCUCAGUUCCCAUGGAAGUGAUAAGACAGGAGUGGGCCUUACUUCACAGUGUGUUAUAAAAAGAAAGUAAUAGCUUGUUGCUGAUGUUAAUAUUCUGUGUGGGAGAGAAGAUUAUGAUUGCACCAGCCAGCUCUUCCCUCUCAGCAUGCCUGAGGUUUAUACAUUGUGCAUUAUGUUUGUCCAGGGCUUUGCAUAUACACCUGAAACAUGCAACCUGUACAAUCCUGUGCCUUGUGGUGUAUAGAUUAUGUGAUUCAGCCCUAUGUACAGUGGAAAUCUAUGUACACGUAGUCCCCUAUGCAAACUUAUUGUGUAGAUGUCAGAUGCACCAGGGGUGGGAGACAGGCCAGUGUGAUCACAGCUCCUCCACCCCCACCCAAACAAGUUUGUACAGGGGUAAUAAUUUGUACAAUAUGUGUGCUGUUCACAACUGGCAUGGUAUGCAUCUGUUUUGUGCUUGGGUAUCUAUAUAAUAUGAAAUAUGAGAAGCUGCCCAAAUAUUGAGAGAGGGAGCCAAACUUUCAAAUUGGCAGAUGUACACUGGCAGGGAAUUUCACCCACUAUAAUAAAGUUAUAGAGAAAUAGUCUUCAUUUCAAAAACGUUUAUCGUUUAUCUGUAUUUCCACAUAGCAGGUUACUCUGAAUGGUUCAACCUGAGCCAAGUUGGAUGCCAGCUUUAAUUUUCCUUUAAAUAUAAAACUAUUAGAAGCAAAGUUCUUUUUUUAUUGUUAAAUUUAUACCCCGCCUUUCAUUAAGAAAAUCCCAAGGCGGCUCACAAUAAAAUUUAAAAACAAGAUUAUGAAAAAGACACAUUAAAAUACUGAGCUAAAAAUAUUAAAAACAUAAGUUGUAAUUGUUUAGUGCAGUGCAACUUUUCCAUGAGAAUAUGAAGACUGAAGCUUAGUUUGUGUUACUUCCUAAUGCAGAAAUAGAUAUGUGCAUAAAGGCUGUGGAUUAUGAUAUAGUAGUAUUUCAAUUCAAAUAGUCCUUCAUGGGGGAAAAGAUGAAAGCCUAUGGGUCUAUCCUAGUGAGGCCCUUUAAGUGCUCUGAAUAAGUAUACACAUGAAUAAUGGUUUCUCACUUUUUUUCUCCCUUGUACUUCAUCAGAAGCCAUUUUUGAAACUGAUCCAAAUUUCGAAAGCCACUUGAUAAGCAACCCAUAGGACUGCCAUUAAAAUGAAAAGAUGGCUUGCAAGUCCCACUUCACAUUCAGAGCUCACUGUGGCCUUUUGAGUUAAAAGAGACACCUGUACCAAUUUCCACUUGAGCCACUGCUGAUAGCGAGUGCUUUUUGAAUCAUUUUUAAAAUGGUGAUAAACAUGACAGUGGCAGCUGCUAGAACCUGGUCUUUCUCAAAAGCACCCUGGUCCUGAGUUCUGAUUUUGGGACUUGCAAGUUUGAAGCUGCACCAGUAGUAUGUUUUCUAAGAGAGUUCAAUUGCCUAAUGGCAAUUACAAGAUGGAAGGAAGGGUUUUAAAAAAUAUAUCUAUAUAUAUCUAUAUAUAUACGGUUUGUAUUUAGCGAAACCAAGAUUAAAACCAACUAUAUGUUGGCUCUUUUUUUUUGAGCCCCAUUGUAAGUGAAUUAAUUCACUAUAUAUAUGGCUGUUGGGAAUAACUGAAAUGUAAGAGCAGACCUCAUUGACAAUCCCUUAGUCUAUGGCCCAAUAAAAUAAUUAUGUAAUGUUCUUUCAGCUCAUCACUUAAUACAGGUAUGGACUAUGUGGUUAAAUCUGGCUGGAGAACUGCAGUUGUUUAGCUAGUAAGUAUGAUGUUUCUUAAACUUGGAGUAGUGCAGCAAGAUGAAGCAAAGAUGAGUACAGGUUUAAAGUGCAAUAGUUUACAUGAU